AUGAGCGGAUACACUGUCUGCUGCGCCUUGUGCUGUGCGACCAUACUUAAUAAGCAUCGGGACCGUGAUGUCGGCCAUGGCAGAGACUCGGGACGCGAUAUCGAUAGAGCGUGGAUGGGGGAAUUUAUGAUCAUUGCUCGAGACCCCGAAAUACAAGAUAGGACUUUUAUAAUUGAGAAAGCACGGCAUCAUCGAGACAACACCUUUGACGUGCACAAUGAUGAACAAGUUGCUAAUCAUGGCGAAGCAUUUGACUCCCGACUUGUGACAGUGUACCACUGCGAAGGGCCUCAGGCAUUUGCAGCGCCAUUUCACGUCGAUUGCUACAAGGUGCUAGCGGACGCUUAUGAGCCGCGAGAUAUCGAUCUCUCAGCUCUUUAUGACACCCUUGAAAGCUACUGUCUACAUGAUGACAGCAUCAUUCGCUGCCAAUUGCAGUUCGACUAUAACAAGCCAAGACACAAUGUGGUCGGUACCGCCCAUGAUUUCUCGUACGCAUCACCAAACCGCGUUUCUGAUCUUACCAUAUUUGUGGACGAGCUUAAAAUAAACUCACGAAGAUCUCGCUCAAGUGUUCCGCACAUCCUCAAUGGCGAAAGGUUGACUCCUACAAAAAUCUACAAUGAUAUGCCAUGGGCAAAGUACAUUUUUUCGGUCAAACAGCACAAGAUGACAAUUGAUAUGGCCAUAUACUACAAGAAUCUCGUCGCUCUCGGCAAUGGCCGCCUAAGGGAGGGGAACUUCUCACUUCCACUCAGGAUGCAUCUUCAGAAUCGUUGUCGACUGUGGGGUGUAUGUUCUCGACUUUUGGAGGAGUGCUCGGCACUCGGCCAGUCGGCGAACAGGACGAAGACCAAGACCAAGACGAUAAAGCAGGAGCCUUUGAUUAAACAUACUAAGAAGGCUGACAAUAUUUUAAGGGGCGCCAUCUCGAGUCCCAUACCACUGUUGACAUUCCCAGCCUACGCCAGCACAGUCUAUGACAGAGUCAGCCUCAUCGAGGAGAUGAAAGAUCUCGAGAAAGCCGAGCCUGUGAUUAGGGUUUAUUGGGAUGCCAACAAGCACCUUGCUGGUAUUGGGGUUUACGAUCCUAACACAGAUACGUUCAAGACCUUAGGGCCAAAGGAUUUAUUUCACAAGAGCCAAGAUGCCCAGAUCCCCCAAGAUAAUUGGCUAGCAGGAAUUCUCAUCGUGACGAAGGAAGUGCCUCAAGAGAUACCCAGGGUCUGGCGAUGGGUGAUUGUAGGGAUCAAGUUUAUGUUCCUGUACGACGACUUUGUUUCGUUCGGUGAACCUUUGGGAGACAUCCGAGUCCUCGUACCCAAGCCGUGGCAUACUGUGGUUGGCAUUGGGGCUUCGUGGAAUGAGGCAAGAGGAGUGGAAAGCCUGGUUCUUCUGCAGCAAGAUCAAGAAAAGGUGCCUCAGUCUGCCCAUUGCCGGGUCGGGAUGGAAUACCCUGAUGAUCUAGACGGACUAUCAGUGUUAACGAUGUUUCGACCCGAUCCUAGAAUCGCAAACUUCCUCUGGAGAGGCUGGAUCCCCCUCCAGCCCGAAAUCUGGCCUACUUACCCAGUGCGACUAGAUCCCUUGAUGCCAACGCCUGUGGAGACACUGAUGCUCACCAAGCCGCUCAACGAUAACUUGGACUACAAAUUCAUUCUUGGAGUGGAUGCUCAAUUUCGCGCGUUCGAAGUGCUAUUUGAAUACAAGGACAAAACCGUCCGGCGAUCUAUCGGCCUCCCCACUGCCAUGCACUACUUCUUCAUGGAUAGCGAUGAGCAGAUCACGAAAUGCUACAUCACGGGGAAGGACAAAGUUGAGGCCAUACGCUUCGUAACGGAUAAAACACAGCAUUUCAUCGUUGUAGACCUGGACGAGAAGAGAGGAGCCUUCUCAUUGACAUCCCUUGGGGUAUUGACACUCGAGUUUAGCUCUGUGAAUUUAGGAGAAGACCGCGAGGAUAAGGAUGCUCAGAAUAUUUUGGGGCAUUACUGGGUCCCCAAGCGUCCGCAGACAAGAUUCCCAAUCGUUGAAGCUGGACAGAUCCAUGGCAUGACAAAAUGGAUCGAAAGACUGCGCUACCCCGGCGUUGGCGUGCCGAGUCCACAAACAGUUGUGACGUGGCUCGACUGCUCAAAACCACUCGAAACUAUCUUCAUCACGAUGUGUCAUAGCACGACAACAAAGCUGCUCAUGAUGACGUCCAUGACUUUCAUGUAUGCAGAGGGCCAUGAAUCAAUGUCCUUCGGACCAAUCCCCAUAGACUCACCAGAGCACGACAAAGAUGUCAAGAAACAAGACCGGUGCGCUUGUAUACAUGGAGGUUCUUUCGAACAAGAGAUUGAAGACAUACCUCACUAUGAGCCCGAUAAAUGGCAUGUUUACGGCGGUUACUUGAAGACUCUUCGUGUAUGGCUUAACGAAAUGGGCGUCUUGACGGGUCUGCAGUUCGUGGCUGAUGAAUCCGAGAGUCAGAAGUGGGGGUUCUGCGAUGGCGAACACGUGGCUGAGUUGGACCUCCGGAGCAAGGAGACUAGAACGGCAGGGAUCAAGUUCUUCCUAGACUCGAAUGGGAGAAAUCAUGUGAGCGAGGAUACCGUCGUUGUAGCUGUUCAACAGAUCGCGGUACCAAAGAAUGGCGAUAAACAACAAAACAUCGGGUACAAGAAACCAAGGUAUGUUAUCUCCAGACAACGAUAG